GGGUAGCAUAAUGGGUUACACAGCUCACAUGUCUGCAUCCCUGUUAGUCAUAAAACCCAAGCUUCUGCUUGGGGAGGGGAGCUGUGGAGAUGAUUGCUCCCAGAUGUGGAUGUCCCAUCCAGUGCUCCAGAAUACGGUGGAUGAGUGUAUGUGUGGGAAUGUGAGUGUCUGUGUGGGAAUGUGUUGCAGGAGGAGCAAAAGAGUCGUGCACUGUGCCCAUGGGUUACGUGUUGGCCAGUUAACUCCUUACAAGGGAAGGAGAAAAGGCUGUGAGGUACUAGUUCAUGUUAGAGGCAGCUCUUCUAGUUAGGAUCUCGGGGUGGGGUGGGGUGUGUGCAUGCAAGUGCUGGGGGAUGGAACCCAGAGCGUUGCACAUGCUACGCAAGUGCUCUACCACUGAGCUGCACCUCAGCCCUUUCUCUCAGUUUUGAUGGUUUAAAUCCACUUCUUGGUACUCUGUUGCAGUGGUCUUUAAUACAAAGAGAGGAGAGAUGCCUGCUUCUAGAAGAGCCCAGUUAUCUUUCCUCCCUGAAUGUUGAAAAUGAACCAAGCGGGUCAUCUGGUUUUCUGAUUGUAAGAAUAUGACUGCAUUGUAGGUGCAGGAUAGGUGUCUACGUAUGGUUACUGUAGGGCAUUGGAGAUGGUUGUUCUUGUCUUAAGUUUGGUUUUCAAGGAAUGUGCUUGUCAUUAAGAGGUGACCUGGGACACUCCUCUGUGAUCAGAAUUAUUUCUGAAUUCAGGUCCUCCCUCUGUCGUGGUUCAUUUGCUUAACCUUGCUUAGCCCCUCUCCCCCUUCUCUCUGGGCUUCAUUCUUCAUAUGUCUCUGAGGUCCUUCCAGUGCGAAGGCACAAGGAUUCAUUGAGGGGGUGAGGAAGGAAAGAGCUUCAGCCUGUAGGAGUUUUCCUUUUUUAAAGAAAAAGGUCAGCCCUUAGGUGUUGUUGGGGGAAAUAGCUGAAAGUUUGCUUGGGCUCUGCUGGGCAGGGAGCUCUGGAGAAGAGCCUGGGGGAGAAUGAGAGGCAGCAGGAGGUAGGAAUGGCUGCGUGGAGGGGCUGCCCCUCAUGGUGUGCUGCUUGGAUCUUUUGACCAGGCAAGUGAGACACUGGAGCCUGAGGGAGCGUCAUGGCAGUGUUUCUGGAGGCCAAGAAUGCCCACUCGAUCCUGAAACGCUUUCCUCGUGCCAAUGAGUUCCUGGAAGAGCUGCGCCAGGGCACCAUUGAACGAGAGUGCAUGGAAGAGAUCUGCAGCUACGAGGAAGUCAAGGAGGUGUUUGAGAACAAAGAGAAAACGAUGGAGUUCUGGAAGGGAUACCCGAAUGCAGUCUACUCUGUCCGAGACCCCUCCCAGAGUUCAGAUGCCAUGUACGUGGUGGUGCCCCUUCUGGGGGUAGCAUUGCUGAUUGUCAUCGCCUUGUUCAUCAUCUGGAGGUGCCAGCUGCAGAAAGCAACUCGUCAUCACCCCUCCUAUGCUCAGAAUCGGUACCUAGCUAGUCGCACCGGGCACAGCCUCCCCCGGGUCAUGGUGUAUCGUGGCACUGUGCAUAACCAGGGGGAGUCUUCUGGUCACCGUGAGGCUGGGAGCACACCACAGGUGGUGCUGGGGUCUGGCCGAGGGGGCAGAGCCACAGUCCGGCUUGAGAGCACUCUCUACCUCCCUGAGCUCUCUCUCUCCAGACUGUCCAGUGCCACUCCUCCCCCCUCCUAUGAGGAGGUGACCGCACCCCAGGAGGGCAGCAGUGAGGAGGCCAGCAUCUCUUAUAGUGACCCACCCCCAAAGUAUGAGGAGAUAGUGGCCGCCAGCCCUGGUGCAGACAAGUAGUAGGCACAUGUCCUGGCCCAUGUGAAAGCCUCUCUCAGAGGCCUCCUGUUUUCUUUUCAACUUUUGAAAGACUGUGCCACCACAAAACAGCCUUAGCCUCCUUGUUGCCAAAUAAUUCCCUAACCGUGGAUUUUUAGGAAGUCAGUUGUCAGAGAUGGGUGGGGAGGGUGGGGGUCAGGAAUACACAUGAGGCAAAGCCCCCUGGGAAGAGCUACACACCUGAGAGCCCAGCUCUCCCCAAAGCCCCCAAAUCCCCCCUGUCCUGUCCUCCCAUCAGGGACUGGCUUCUCUUAAUGCCAAAGGAAUCAGCCCAUUUUGUUGAUUGCGGCUGGAGCUGUGGGGCUGGCUGGAGACCUGUGUAUGGGCCCAGAGGUGAGGGAGAGAAGCCAGCCCUACCGCACUGCUCUUCCUCAACAACUCUGUGCUUUCUGUCCUCUCUUACACUGUAAGAACAGGACAAGGAUUUAGCAACAACAAAACAAAACAUGUAAUAACAAAGAUGAAUAAUGAACAAAACAAUAGCACCUGGGCCAUUCAUAGAAGGCCAAGGGAAGUCAGUCGCACAGUUCCGUGACUGCACCCCCACCCUCCUGACCAGGUCGAGAUGUCUGUGUGAAGGAUGCAGGGUAGGGGGCUGGGUAGCAGAGCUCCUUCCUGCAAAUUGACCAAGGGGCCCGCAUGAACUGUGCCACCCUGUUUCUGGUGUGCUUGACCUUCCCAGACCUGUAUACCAGCUGUGUUAAAACCACUACCCACAGACCUGAGCCCACUUGCAGUCCAGAUGCACUUUGUCCUGGGGAAAACUCAUGCUCCUGACCCUGCCUGUGGAGCCCAUCCCCUCCCAAGCGGCUGGGCUGCAGACUGGGACCCAUAGCUGAAGUCUUCUCCCUGUGUGAUUGAUUAAUCCAUAGGACAGUUAAACCCGUGAGGUUGGUCUUCUCAUCAUGGAGCUCUCUCUGGCUUUGAAAUUUUAGAAUACUUCCCUUUUUGUGAAUAGGUGCAUUGAACUUGAACUUCAGAUUGAUGAUUUCUCCUUAAUGAUGGUGCCCACCUGAGGAGAAGAUUUCAAAGUGUCUCUUUUUCAAAAUUUUUUUGUGUGAGAGCCCAUGAGCUGGGGUUGAAGGCUGUCCAGGGUUUACUCUGCCAUGGCCAGGUGCUGGUCCAUUUUCAGUGAGGCUUUGGACAGCAGUCGGGCGAAGGUGACCCGCUCUGUAACUGUGCCAGUUACCAUGCAAAAGACACUGUUGAUAUCAUCUCUCCCCAGCCCAUCACCAUCCUCCUGACUGCAGUGCCAAAUCAUUUUUCCUCUGUGGUGCUUUAAAAAAUGUAGCAAAUUUUUUGGGGCCCAAAAGAGUGCAGAGCAAGGGUCUAUUGGCAACUGCAGCAGUUUAAAGCCCAUUGAUAACAAGCUUCCUUGUCUAAACAGCUCUCUAAGGCAGGCAUCCCGGGGAUUCAUUCCUUGAAUGCAUCCCUGCCUUGGGGCCACAGAUGAUUUCUGGAGGCCCCAUUCAGUCCUGGGGAAAGUCCCAGGAGAUGUUCACAGUCAGGAGGCUGCCAACUUGGCUAAGCUGAUCCUGUGGUAUGGUUUCCCAUCCUUCACCCUUCCUCACAGCCUCAGGACGUUGACUAAGCUAAUGGUUGAAGCACCAUGGAGCCAGUGAGGCUUGUCUUUAGGGGGAUUCUUCUAGAGAUGUGUAGGUUUCUCUGAGGGCCUAUUAUGCCUCUGAUGUUGAGUCUCAACCUGAAGAGUCUCCUGCCACUUGGCCCUCUCUGCAUCCCCUCCCCUCUCCCCAGAGUUCUCUAAUGCCAGAGAUGCUGACCAGGUGGCAUUCCAACUUUCCUGCCUUCCUCUUUCUCUCCCCUGGAUCACUAGCAUUGCACUCCUGCCCUUCCUCAUGAAGGGAUUUUUGGCCUGAAAGGUCCCUUAUUUUUUCAAUGAUGAAAACUGGGACCAAUUCCAUUCAGCUAUGCUGGAGGAACUGGAGAAAACCGGAAGCUCUGGGCCAGCUUGUUUUCCCAGGAUUUUCUCAAGCAGGUGCCCAAGUGUGACCUGGGAGCUUGUGAAAAGAGACCUAGCCUAUUGUGUCUCCCCUUCCCCCUACCAGGUAGCAGACAGCCAGGCAUGGGCUCCGUGGACCAGAGCCAGAGGGAUUAUGCCAAGGAAUGCCCACUGCCCAUGGCAUCUGUUGAGUCCAAUAUCUUGUGAGACUGGGUGGUGGCCAACAGAGAGAGAGUGGGAAGCAGAAGCCUGACACUGGCCUGUGGAGGGCAGCAUGUGUUUCUCUGGCUGAGGACUGGUUGUGGGGAGAGCCAGAGGCAACUCCUUAAAGCCUGUGGUCUCUGGUUCAGGUGCUUCACAAGUUUUCCAGUGGGGUUGUGCCAAAGGCUCUGGGUUGGUUUUUGCAUCAUAUAGUAGAAAAAAGACUGUAGAGUAUACACAGUGGGUAGAACUCCUUGCGGUGCACACUUGGCUUUUAUGAAUGCCCUGUACAUAUCUUUUCAAAUUGUCUUUGUAUGGGUGUUGAUUUGAUACAAUGCUAACACUUCAGUAGCCACAUUUCUGUUGUUUUUGGACUUGUGUGUGUGUGUGUGUGUGUGUGUGUGUGUGUGUGUAUACACGUAUGCACGUUGCCUUCUCUCAUUGCUUAUCUGAAACAAUAGCCGGUGUGCGGCUAUAUUUGUACCAGGAGGGAUCCGGUCUGAAAGAAGGAAUGUCCCCUCCUAGGAGUGGACAGCCUUGACAGGGCCCUGAGUGAGGAAACCAAGAUUAACUGUUGGAGCCCCCCCACAAAGUCAUUACUUUCUGUCCCCCACAAAAGUUUUGGAAGAAGAUGAAGGAGUUUUACUCUGUGGGUCCCCCACUCAUGCCCUUUUGGCAUGGUGCCCCUGCCUUGGCUCCUGCUCUGUGGGCAACAGCUGAAGGAAUUCUGAGCACUCCUGGACAUGUGUGUGUGUGUGUGUGUGUGUGUGUGUGUGUGUGUGUGUGUGCAUGGAAAGAUGUGUGACUAUUGACUUUGGGAAUGGUGGGGUUAGUUACUUAGAUAUUUUUCAUUAAAAAGAAAAGGCUUUAAAAAGUUCCUUCAAAUAUGACUGUCACUCAUUUUCAACCAAAAACUUUUUAAGACUUUUUAAAACAACAAUUGCAAUCCUGUCCCUUCCCCAUUGCCCAUCACCUUGGGUUUUCAAAAUGAAAGCACAAGAGAAAGAGUGGGGCGCACAGGUGCCUGGCGCGUGCACUUUCCCUGCACAGCUGCGUUGCGCCCUGGCUGAGGGAGAUGCAGUGCUAAGCAGUUGGACCCAGGAGGCCAAGGCCUCCCUUCUACUUGCCAAUCCCACUGCCAUUAGUGUGAAAUCCAUAGGGUGCUUUGGAAAACAGGAAUGUGCCUGAUUUGAUGGACAAUGUCUCUCUCUCUCUCCCUCUUUUUUUUUUUUUUUUUUUUUUGGUAGUCCAAUGGAGGAAUUCAGAACAGGAAAGUGUCUUUUUGUUAAGUAGUUGGAGCCAGAUGCUUCCCCUCUCCAAGUGCAUGGAGACUCCCAACCCCCAGCCAGAGUGGAUCUUUUGACGAGCAAAUUUUAUCCCAUGAGAUAAAGAAAAAACGCACUGCCUCUAGGUUCUUUUGUCCAAGUGAGAGCAAGAUGAUGGAGAGAGGCUCUCUGACUCACCAAGGCUCUUUCUAGAACAAUGUCUAUGCUCUGGCUCCUGUGUGUCCACUCAUGGUCAAGGCUGAACUGCUUUUCAGCUUGACAAGGGAUGAAGCACCAUUUCAGGACUUCUCUGGUUCAGAAACAAGCACACACUCCCCACUGAAGUCUACUGAUACUAAUCAGUAUAAUUAACUAAUUUAAAAGUACUGUAAUUAGACUGCUUGCAGCUACCAUAAAAGCCCAUUAAUUUGAAGCCCACUAAUUCAGAACUUAGAGAAAAUCACAAUUUGAGGUAAUUCAUGAUAGCUGCGAUUCCCGCUACAUAAAAAUAUUUGAAAGAUACUUCCUGUUGGUCAAUUUCCAGGGUCUUCUGUGUAAGAGGAAUCUAGUUUAAAAUGAGUCCCUUUUUCAAAAGAAAGGCUCAAGAUAUUAAGGAUCCCUUCACUGUGCCUUCAGCUUUGGGGUUUAGCAUUUCUUGUCUGUAAGGUUCCUUCUGUGUAGGGUGAUCCCUUGUUCUCUCUCCAUUGUGGGAAAUUUCAGCCUUUCACUCCACUCUUGUAUUUAUCCUCUGAAUAACAUAGUUUGUGAAUUUGACUGCAAUUUUAAACACAAGUAUGUGUCUUUCUAAGUAUUCUGUAAAGCAGAUGUUGUGUUUGCAGACUGGCUGUUCCCAUCGUUCGCCCCCAAAUAUUUAAACUUCGGGAGCUUUUCCUUUCACAGGCUGUGGGCGGUGAGUCUCUGUCUAGCAGGAAUUUCUCUCACAAAGAUAGCCAAACAGCACACCCCCUCGGGCUCAACGCUCAACAGUUGUUUCACUGUACUGCUAUCUGCCCGCUGAACAGUGCCUGCCUCCUCCCGCCCUCAGCUGAGCAUUAACACAGAUACCCAGGAUGGGACGAGUACCCCAGCUGCUCUUGCCUCCCAAUCUGUCUCCUCUUGCAGAUGCCACUUUCCCAGGCCGCAACACACCUGCUAUUUCACUCUGUAAUUGUGAACUUGUGACAGUGGAAACCCUGGUAUGUGCAACUGAGCUUAUAGAAAUGAUUCCUGUGUAAUGGAUUAAUUUUGGUACCACUUUAAAUUGUGCUCAUAUUCAUGUGUUGACCCGUGUCAGCUGGGAAAUCUGUGCAUUCAGUAAUAUGUCAGGAUUUCACUGGAUCCUGGGGGCAAUGAACAAACUUGCUUCUGACCCCUCUCUCGCUCUCGCUUUCUUGCUUUUUAUGAUUGUCGAGCUUCGCUGUUAACUUUUGUCUCUUUCUGUACAAGAAGAUAAAGAAUAAAAAUAAAGA